AGCGCUGAGCUGUGCAUUGGGGCAGUGUGUACUGUUGAUGCGAGCGGAGCCGGGAGCGCGUAUUGGAGUCAACUAGCAGCCUACUGACAACGAGUGGUGCUUUUUAGCUCAUUCAGGCCGGAUAUUUUCAUGCAUUUUGCUCUGCUGCAAGCUUGAAAACGAACUGCUUCUUAUUGUGACGAUAUCCUUUCAUCUCUAUAUAGUUUCACAAUGGAUUUGAUAUGGACCAUAUCUCGCCGCGGAAUGUGUUCGGUGUCUCCAUGUGUGCGAUCCAAGGAAAUGAAUUAGUAAAAUAAGCUACAAUACUUUGAGAGAGAGAGUAAAACCUCUAAAUGCUUGCCUGGAAAUAAAAAGGUAACUGUGGUCUUCACUAAUAGCAUUAUAAGACUAGUUCCGACAACAGCAUCCUUGGUCUACGUUCGAUAACUGGACUUUGGCUAUUCAGGGCUUUUCUCAAUACGGAUUCAUUUUUACGUUUCAAUCGGAUAUCUGGUGUGAUAUAAUUGCCCAGUGAAGAGGAAAAGUCAUUACAACUUGAAAAAAAUCGUCAAUAUGAAUGAAUGGAACGCACGCGUAAAAUCCAGUUUGUCUAAAAUGCGCCUUGUGGUUUUGGUACCGGAAUCAUGACGCUGGGAAGAAUUUAACUGGAAAAUGUUUAGCCAAUUAUUUGAUCUCCAUUGAACGUUAUCCUUUGAUAUACCUGUUCAUCGGAUUGUUCCUCCCUUUUGAUUUUUAAAUUGUUAUUUUUUGCAUGGUUUUUCACCCUGCAUCGAAAUGGUUGGGUUUAUCGUGUCAAUCGCUAUAGUUGUUGCUUGAUAUGAACUGCUCAGAUUUACAUGGGUAAAUCAGUGUUCUGAGAUCAUUCAGAAUGUUUUCCAAGCUCUAUCCUCCCCAAAAUCUCACGCGUUGCAGCAGAUUGGAGAAUGUGGUUUUUAUCAGAAGAGUACAAUGAAGUAGACCAUAUCGAUAUAAUCAAGUAACAUUUAUGUCAUAUACGAGCCUUUUCUUUUAUCAAAACGUAUUCCCUGGAAAACUUUUCGAUGAGAUAACUGGAUGAUUUUUCCCGUUAUCUCUGACAUGCAUAGGUGUGCGUGAUCAUACAAGGUCCCAAUUAAAUAUAAGGAAAAUCAACAGGUACAAUGUACGCCAGGGAGAUGGAUUUUAUACAAAUGAUUUGGAUAGUUAUUUUAUGCUGGACUGGGGUUGAUUCUGUUAUUAAUUUGAAAUACUCGAUAAACGAAGAGCAGAAAGCUGGGUAUAUCAUUGGAAACGUGACAAAGGACGCACAAACGCAAGGAUUUGCCAUUGCACCGCGAGCGCCGUACUUGCGGGUCAUCUCGAAUUCAGAGCCGCGAUGGGUGGAACUCAGCCCGGCUGGACUUCUCCUCACACAUCAGAAAAUAGACCGGGACGUGGCUUGCCGACAGACGGCAAAGUGCACUGUCUCUCUGGAGGUGAUGUCAAACUCUAUGGAGAUAUGUGUCAUAAAAGUUGAAAUUGUGGAUUUGAACGAUAAUGCGCCCAGAUUCCCCACAAACCACAUUGACAUUGAAAUCUCAGAGAACGCCUCCCCUGGUACCAGGUUCCCCCUAGAGGGGGCAAGCGAUCCGGACUCGGGGAUCUUCGGUGUGCAAUCAUAUUCGAUCACCCCGAAUGAGCUCUUCGGGCUGGAGAUUAAGACUAGGGGGGACGGGUCCAAGAUUGCCGAGCUCGUAGUUCAAAAAUCUUUAGAUCGGGAGACUCAGUCUCACUAUUCAUACGAAAUCAGUGCAGAAGACGGUGGAGACCCCCCAAAGAUUGGCGCAGUCCAGCUCAAUGUUAAAGUAAUAGAUUCAAAUGAUAAUAAUCCAGUUUUUGACCAGCCUGUGUAUACAGUGAACGUGAUGGAGAAUUCUCCUAUUAAUACACUUGUAAUUGACUUGAAUGCAACGGACCCUGACGAGGGAACUAAUGGUGAGGUUGUGUACUCGUUUAACAGUUACGUCACCGAGAAAACGAGAGACGUAUUUAAAAUUGACCCUAGAACCGGUAUUAUCACUGUAAAUGGCCCUUUGGAUUAUGAAGUAACCCAUAUUUACGAGAUUGAUGUCCAAGCCAAAGAUUUAGGUCCCAAUUCUAUUCCGGCUCAUUGUAAAGUCACUGUCAAUGUGAUGGAUGCGAACGAUAACCCACCUGUCAUUAGUUUAUUGUCGGUGAACACGGAGCUGAUUGAAGUUAGUGAGAACGCGCCUCGUGGAUACGUUAUUGCAUUAGUGAGGGUCUCAGACAAAGACGGGGGCGCGAAUGGUAAGGUCCAGUGUAGACUACAAGGCAACGUUCCUUUCAGGCUCCAGGAAUACGAGAGCUUCUCAACCAUCCUUGUUGAUGGCAGGCUAGACAGAGAGCAGAGGGACACGUACAAUCUAACUAUCCAAGCAGAGGACAGUGGUACCCCCCCUUUACGCGCCACUAAAUCGUUUGUAGUGAAAGUCACAGAUGAAAAUGAUAACCCUCCCCACUUUCUAAAACCACAUUACCAAGAGAUGGUCCUAGAAAACAACCUUCCUGGAUCAUGUUUGCUGGCUGUGUCAGCUGUCGAUCCUGAUUUGGGCAUGAAUGGCACAGUUUCAUACACCAUCGUGCCCAGUGAGAUUAAACACAUGGACGUAAACACAUAUGUCAGCAUAAAUCCUUCAGGGCGUAUUUAUUCCAUGAGAUCAUUCGACCACGAGUACACUAGGACAUUUGACUUCAAAGUUUUGGCCAGGGACCAGGGGAAUCCGUCCUUGUCCAGUAACGCGACGGUACGCAUUGUCGUUUUGGAUGUGAAUGACAAUACACCUGUUAUGACCACUCCAUCCCUGGUAAAUGGCACCGCGGAGGUAUCCAUUCCAAGAAAUGCAGGAGUGGGUUACCUGGUGACCCAAGUCAAGGCCGACGACUAUGACGAGGGGGAGAAUGGAAGGCUGACCUAUACCAUCUCGGAGGGGGACAGGCUUUUCUUUGAGAUAGACCAAGUGAAUGGAGAGGUGCGGUCCACCAAGAUGUUCGGAGAGCAGGUCAAGUCGACCUACGAGAUCACAGUGGUGGCACGCGACCACGGGAAACCGUCGUUGUCGGCCUCGGCAUACAUUGUAGUUUACCUCUCACCGGACCUGAACGCUCAGGAAUCUAUUGGACCCGUAAACCUGUCGUUGAUCUUCAUCAUUGCCCUGGGCUCUAUUGCUGCUAUCCUCUUUGUCACUAUGAUUUUUGUGGCAGUAAAGUGCAAAAGGGAUAACAAGGAGAUCCGAACGUACAACUGCAGUUUCUUCUACUUGCGCAGGGUGGCGGAGUACUCAUAUGGCAGCCAGAAGAAGUCGAGCAAGAAGAAGAAGCUGAGCAAGAACGACAUCCGCCUCGUGCCGCGCGACGUGGAGGAGACGGACAAGAUGAACGUGGUGAGUUGCUCAUCUCUCACCUCCUCCCUCAACUACUUCGACUACCACCAGCAGAGCCUGCCGCUGGGCUGCAGGCGCUCCGAGAGCACCUUCGUCAACGUGGACAACCAGAACUCACGCAAUGCUGCACCCAACCACGGCAGUUAUCAGCAGCACUCCUUCGCCAGCGGGCAGGGCCCCCAGCAACCUGACCUCAUCAUCAACGGCAUGCCGCUGCCUGAGACGGAUAAUUAUAUCGACUCCAGCUAUGUGAACAGCCGAGCACAUCUUAUCAAAAGCACAUCAACAUUCAAGGACCUGGAGGGCAAUAGUCUGAAGGACAGCGGGCACGAAGAGAGCGACCAGACGGACAGUGAGCACGAUGUCCAGAGAGGCCACUACAUAGACACGGCUGUCAACGACGUGCUCAACAUGACUGUACCCCCCAACGUCUGCCAGCUGCCUGACCAAGGUAGGAGAAAAGACCCAAGCGAAGGCUUCCACUGCCAGGACGAGUGUCGCAUCCUGGGCCAUUCGGACCGCUGCUGGAUGCCCCGUGUGCCCGGCCCAGCCCGUGGCAAGUCUCCUGAGCAUGGCCACCCACGUAAUAACGUCAUUGCCCUGUCCAUCGAGGCCACCACCGUGGAUGUGCCCCACUACGAGGACUGCGGCACCGGCACCAUCAAACGGACUUUUGCCACCUUCGGCAAGGACGGCCCAGAGGACCCAGAGCGGGGCGAGCUAAAGGGCAACAAGCGGACAAUGAUGGAGUCGCAGGCAUACAGCCCCAAGGCCAACGGCGGCGCCGUGCGCGAGGCAGGCAACGGGCGCGAGGCAGCCAGCCCCAUCACCUCCCCUGUGCACCUGAAAAGCCCGCUAGCCAAGGCGCCAUCCGGCUACAACACGCUCAAGUGCCGCGACGCUGAGCGCAUCGCCAACCACAGCAUGCUGCGACAGCCCGAGGGAAAGGACAGCGAGCCGGCCGUCCGGGAGAUCAACACGCUCCUCCACGACAGCGUCCAUCUUGAGAAGGAGUCUCCCAGCAGCAAGCGCCUGAAGGACAUUGUGCUCUAACGGGCCUCAGGGGAGUCUAUACACACACACACACACACAAUAAACAAACACGUAUAUAUAUACACUCCGCCAUAGCUGUGUGUACGCAGGAGAAACUCAAGCCGAGGAAAGAAAGAAAGAAAGAAAGAAAGAAAGAAAGAAAGAAAGAAAGAAAGAAAGAAAGAGAGACACCUUGAACAUAGUAUACAGUACCUAACGACCAGGUCUGACACAGCCCAGAUAUGGAACCGUACUGGAAUAUGCUGAGCUUUGUGUUGUGUUCCUCAAGAAAAGUGAUGGUCUUGGAUGUGGCUUUGUUGUAGUCGCAGUACUUUUCUUGUUUGCUUUUCUGUUUGUUUGCUGCUCACCCCGUCUGCAGCCAGUGGACAGGCAGGUUACUGUUGAUUGUGUGACUCGCCCAAUCGUGCCCCUUUGGCCGGAUUCGGCCUCUUUCCCCGCCCGAGGCUGGCACCGUUCGGAUUUUUGUGGAUUGGACACCUACACUGACAGAUAUAAAAGUACAGUUAUGCCUUUUGAACUUUUUUUGUAUCACUAACUGAGAUUGCCUUCUUUGGUUUGCAGUUUGGCUCGGCUGUCAAAUCAACUUGUUGUUUCCUUUGUAGAGUGAGCUCACCACAGUGCAACAGAUGGCAAAAAGACAGACAUACAUCUUCUUUGAACAAUUGCCUCCAUGCGCGUCUUGAACAGUGCUCAGUAGUAAAGACGGAGAAAGGAAUGGAACAGUAUUUAUGGCUUAUCACUGAAAGGAAGGCUAAAUGAACUCGCUAUCUGCCCAGGCACUCCAAACACUGGGACUCGGAACAGACCGAUUCCUUCCGUCACGACCGAGAUGUAUGGAAGAGGGGGGGAAAAACAUUGCUUUAGAAAUCUCCUGUGCCCAAUCUUGAUUGUAGCCAGUGGAGCACAAUUAGAAACGUUGUGCUCUGGUCUUGUACUUUUUCUGAGUUUUGACUAUGGGGCUAGAAUAGAGGGAUCGUCACUCACGUCUUGCUAUGUGAAACUCUGUAUAGGGUAUACUAGUAUCAUUUUUAAUAACCUGUUGUUAUGUGACAAUCCCUUUAAUGUUUUGUUUCAAGAGUAAAAAAUAAUAAUAAUAAACAUUGGUGUUCAACUGAAGCUACAGUAGCGUUUGUUACACAAACACAAAAAUAAAAAAACAUAUGCCAAAAUAUAUUUUAUAAAUAAUUUAAAAAUGUAUAAUGAGAAUAUUUAAUGCUGUGUAGUUAUUUUAGUUAUUUUAUCAGUAAGUUAAACUUGAAAUUAACUGGCUUUUGUUGAUUCAUUUAUUUUAGCUUUUGUAUUGAUCAUGAUUAUUAUAAUUUUCUUUUCAUUAAACUUGGAUUAUUUUGUUUACUGUGUUACCCCUGGCAACUGUUGACUUGCAGUCUACCUUGUUGUAAAGAGUUUCUUAUUGGUCAGUUCUCGUGCCAUGAAGUUUCUGUGUGGGCAAAUAGAAAAUGUAAAAACAAAAAAAGCAAUUUCAGCAGCAACAGUAGUGUGCCAGUUGAGCUUAGAAUGAGAUAGCAAAAUAAACCAAAAAGGACACAAACAAAACCUUUAAGAUUGCUUAAUUUAUUUAAGUGAGAUGAAGAGGUUUAAGAUCGUUUUUUUUUCAGCUAUUGAGAUGAUUCCAGAUGAUUCCAACUAUUUCUGUGUGUCUGUUUUUGGACGAAGGUACCCCUCCGUAAAUUCCUCACCUCAGCACUGGUGAGAGCCCUGUUGACACUUCAAGUAAGAGACUAAGGAUGAAGGAAUGCUCAACUGUUGUGUCAUCAGGUACCAUCUCAUUUGAAUUGCGUUUGAAAAUAUAAUUAAGAACAACAAGUCAAAUCUUACAAUCACAACCAAACAGAUUUGGUGGAAUUGUAUGUUUGGAGGAAAUCAAGGUCUUUGAAGAAGCGUUUUAGAAAUCAGCGAUGCGGUUUUCAGUUGCUUUGCAGUUAACCUAUGUACAACAUGGAAAAGUGUAAAUGAGAAAAAGGACACAUUUGCAUACAACGAAAUAGAUCUUGUAGCUGAAUGUUUUUUGCUGGUCUCACCCAUGGCUUCUGGCAUCAUGAAAAUCUGAAUAAUCACUGAAUGUAUACAGCAGCUUAUUAUUAAACUAUUAAAUGUU